AAAAUGUUAUUUUUCUGCAGUUUCAUUCGUUGGCUCCCAUGUAUUACAGGGGCUCUGCAGCGGCCGUCGUUGUUUACGACAUCACAAAGCUUGACUCUUUCCAGACGUUAAAGAAGUGGGUGAAGGAGCUGAAGGAACACGGGCCGGAGCAUAUAGUCGUGGCUAUUGCAGGAAAUAAAACCGAUCUGGGUGAUAUCAGGGAAGUUCCAACUAAAGAGGCAAAAGAUUUUGCAGAGUCCAUUGCAGCCAUAUUUAUGGAGACCAGUGCCAGAAAUGCAGUAAACAUAGAGGAGCUGUUUCAGAAAAUCAGUCGACAGAUCCCUCCGCUGGAGAACACAGACGCUGACAGCCACGAGUCCUUUAAACUGACACGACAGCCUCCUCCCUCCAGCAAACGCUGCUGUUAGACAUCCAUCCGCAAGUCACUACAAACACCCUACAACAUGUGGUAUUUGGCCCAUGCGAUACAUAGAUGAGGAUCACAAUACACACAAAUCAACCUGAUGUGGAUACGGUCACAUGACUGAUAGACAUACAUAUUGCAGUAGGAAACAGCAAUUCUGCCUCUGAACCAUUUUGUACCAAGUCAGAAUGUUUUCUGAAUAUUGCAUUGAUGCUGAGCAACUUUUGAGACAUGAGUUAUCUCAACAUGGAAUAAUUUUCUUAUCAAGUCUUUUUAAAUGCAGUAUUGUGACCAAUAGAAAUGCUAGUAGUUAGCACAAAGUUUACACAAGAAUAAGUGCCUUAGAAAAUGCCAUUUUGAUGUUUGGCAUUGCCGUUUUGAUACAUAAAAACAAUAGUUUUAAUAGGUUAUUUCUAAUCUGGCUUUAUUUGACCGCUUACGAUGACAUAGGAUCUGAUGAAGCCUAGAUGAAAGAUAGACAUUCGCAAAUGUGUUGGUCACACUUUAUAUUACAGUGUUCAUUGUAUUAUGUAUUUACAUACCACUACUGCUUCAUACUAAUAAACCGUGUGUUUAAUAUGUCAUUUUUGUAAAGCUGUGUGUAAUUGCACAUAGUAAUUGUU